UGCUGCUGCUGCUGCUGCUGCUGGUGCGGCCGCCGCCUCCCGCAGGCUGCGCGGUGGCGGCGGCUGCUUCGGCGGCUUCGGCGGCGGGCGUACCCGUGUGGCCCGUGAAGCGCGCCGUGGUCAUCGAGGGCGACGUGAUGCUCGGCGGCCUCAUGAUGGUGCACGAGCGCGAGGACCGGCUCACGUGCGGACCCAUCAUGCCGCAGGGCGGCAUUCAGGCGCUCGAGUGCAUGCUCUUCACCCUGGACUGGGUGAACCGGCAAGGGUACCCGUUCUCGCUGGGCGCCUACGUGCUCGACGACUGCGACAAGGACACCUACGGGCUCGAGCAGGCCGUCGACUUCAUCAAGGGCUCGAUAAGCAACAUCGAUGACGGCACCUACCGCUGCCCGGAUGGCUCGAGCCCCGACCGCAUCAAACAGACCGUCAUCUCCGGCGUGCUCGGCGCCGCCUCCUCGGUCACGUCCAUACAGGUGGCCAACCUGCUGCGCCUUUUCAAGAUACCACAGGUGAGCUUCUUCUCGACGAGCCCUGAGCUGAGCAACAAGAAACGGUUCGAGUACUUUCUGCGCACGGUGCCUUCGGACGAGAGCCAGGUGAAAGCCAUGGUCGGCAUCGUCACGCUGCUCAAGUGGACGUACGUGUCCAUCCUCUACGAGGAAUCCACCUACGGAAAUUCGGCCUUCGACGUGCUGGAGAAGGAGCUGACCGAUCAUAACGUCUGCAUCGCCACCAAGGAGAAAUUGACCAAGGACUCUGGCGUGGCUUCCGAACGCAUGUACGACGGCAUCAUCGGGAGACUGCUCAGCAAACCUCGGGCCCGAGGCGUCAUCAUCUUCGGCUCGGACCAGGAGGUGGCGGGCGUGAUGCGCGCCGUGCGGAGGAACAACGCCACGUCCCACUUCGCCUGGAUCGGCAGCGACGGCUGGAGCGCCAGGGAGCUCGUGUCCCACGGCAACGAGCUGCAGGUCGAAGGCACGCUAUCCGUGCAGCCCACGGCCAAUGCGGUCAGGGGCUUCGACGAGUACUUCCGCGCGCUCACGCCGUCCGCCAACUACCGGAACCCGUGGUUCAUCGAGUUCUGGGAGCACUUCUUCCAGUGCAAAUGGAACGGCAGCCUCGUGACGCCGUUCAACCAGCACCACCAGAGAAGCUGCACGGGCGAGGAGCGCAUCAGCGACAACAAGGCCUACAAGCUCGAGGCACAGCUGCAGUUCGUCAGCAACGCCGUGCUCGCCUUCGCGUACGCGCUGCGCAGGAUGCACGAGGAAAUAUGCGGCAACGUGACGGGCCUCUGCGACAGCAUGCGGCCCGUCAACGGCACCGACCUGCUCUCCUACCUGAAGAACGUCACAUUCCGAGGCCUGAGCGCCGACCACUUCCGCUUCUCGGACAGCGGGGACGGCCCGGCGCGCUACAACAUCCUGCACUUCAAGCAGGUCCAGCCGGGCAGGUACCGCUGGGUGCCCGUGGGCCAGUACGUGGACGGCACGCUGCACCUGCAGCUAGCCGAGCUGCAGUUCCGGCUGGGCUCGAGCGAGCUGCCGCGUUCGGUGUGCAGCGACCCGUGCCCGCGCGGCUCCGCGCAGAAGAUGGUGGACAACGAGCAGUGCUGCUGGCACUGCGUGCGCUGCUCGGGCUACACGUUCGCCGCCGAGAACGGCGUGUGCGCCGACUGCGCGCCGGGCACGCUGCCGGACGCGCACCACGAGCGCUGCGUGCCGGUGCCGGAGUCGCACAUGAGCCCCUCGUCGCCGCUGGCCGUGGCCACGCUGGUGCUCGCCGCGCUCGGCACCGUCUUCACGGCGGCCACGCUGUUCAUCUUCCUGCGGCACAUCGACACGCCCGUGGUGCGCGCCUCGGGCCGCGAGCUGUGCUUCGUGCUCCUCGGCGGCGUCUGCAUGUGCCAGGGCACGGCGCUGCUGCUCGUGCAGCGGCCCAGCACGGUGAUGUGCGGCGCGCAGCGCGCCGCGCUGGGCCUCUGCUUCGCCGUCGUGUACUCUUCGGUGCUGGCCAAGGCGGUGCGCAUCCACCGGAUCUUCCACGCGGGUCGCCGGUCGGCCCAGCGGCCCGGCUGCAUAUCGCCGCGCUCGCAGCUGGCGCUGUGCGGAGCCCUGGUGUCGGUGCAGGGCCUGGUGGCGACCGUGUGGCUCGCGCUGAACCCGCCGCGCGCCGUCCACCACCACCCGACGCGCGAGGACAACCUGCUCGUGUGCCUGGCGUCGGUGAACCUGAUCGGGUACACGUUGUCGCUCAUCUACCCCUUCAUGCUGGUCAUCGUGUGCACCGUCUACGCGGUCCUGACGCGCAAGAUCCCGGAGGCGUUCAACGAGUCCAAGUACAUCGGCUUCUCCAUGUACGCCACGUGCGUCAUCUGGCUGGCUUUCUUGCCCAUCUACCUGACCACCUGGCACCACGUACUCCUCAACCUCACCACCAUGGCGAUGGCCGUCUCUCUGAGCGGCACCGUCACCCUCAUCUGCUUUUUCUUCCCCAAGCUGUACAUCAUCGUGCUCCACCCGGAGAAGAACGUGCGCCAGUCCAUGAUGGCCAAGUACGGCACGCUCAAGAACCGCGUCGAGUCGGCCACGCAGUCUGACGUUGACUACGAGAUGAGCGACAAGCAGCGUUCUGCCUGUUCGUUGGUCUCGACAAGUAGCCGAGCCAGCAUUGCCACGCAGACCGACGACAACAACUUCUACGAUAUGGACGUCCAGCUCUGACCCACCUACGACGUUCUGGCCAUAGCCGUCCAGCAGUAGCAGCAGUUGGCGGCCGGCCACCAAAAGUGGGACACGUGCCAACCACAGUGCGCGCGGUGCAAACCCAGCACGCGCGGAAUGCCUCGGCGCAGAUGUUGCUGUUGCCGCCGUCAGGGAAGGCCGGGACCAGUGGACGGCACGCCGCGACAGCACACACCACACAAACAGACACAUACAGGAAGCAGAACGCAAAGCCCAGUGCGGAACGCAAUAACCCUGCUCCUGCUGGGACCACAAAAGAAAAUAGGGGCACCCUUCAGCCACCUACACAUUGACAACAAGCCGGUGACGAUGCUCUGUGAUCACACUGCCGCGCAGAUAUGUAGCGUGUCUCUAUUUCUACACGAUCAAUCUCCUUUGCUCUCUCUCUCUCUGUCUUCUACAUGCAUAAUAUAAAUAUUCAUAUACCGCAAAUUAUAUAUAUAUAUAUAUAUAUAUACAUAUAUAUGUAUAUUAUACAUAUACAUUGACACAGGAAUAUACAAGUGGCACUCAUCAUAUCGUCUCCUCAGUUGUUGGUGCAUUUAUACAUGCGAAAUAAAAGCCUACUGUUUAUGUUUUCAGAAAGAGAGGCUUUGCACUCAGCAUGCCAGACAGGUUAUGCCAACACGUGUGACCUCCACUUGGCCUAUGCAUGUGUUGUCUCGGCCACUUCGCCAUUACACUGCAGAACCACCAUACACACCUGCUACCUGUGCUCCUCCUCUUUAUCACUGUUACAAAAAGUUGUAAGGCAAUUCAACCUUUUGCUGCCAUCAUUCAAAGACAAUGUCUUCCUGAUCGAGCUAGGGGUGCAAAUGAGGCGGAGUCACUGUGCAUUGCACUCUACUUCGUCACCCCUCGCAGGAGAGGUGCAGGAGGAGUGUCGGACUAAUUCAAAUUUUUUUACUGCGCAAUCUUCUGAACCGACCCAUAUUUUUAGACUGCAUUAUCUGCAAGAUAGGCCCACAAAAGAGGUCAGAAACCCACAUACCCAAUAUGGAAAAGUGGGGGUACUCGAUAAGACAUUGUCUUUAAAAAUUUAAACACAAUAACUAAUCCCAUUCUGCACUACCAAAUAUUCUGUCUGAUCAUGAAAAUCACUGAUGUGGUCUUGGAACAACCCAGUCAGAAACGCCAAACUUUUUGUCCUCAUAAAAGUAAUUUGUUCUCCAAAAAAAUAAAAACUACCAUGCACUCCGUAAUCUCUAAAGGCAGAUAUCUCAACAAAUACCGUAGUUAAACAAUCCUAAUGUGCCCCGAAAUCUAAUGCAUGCCCAACUUUCAAGGGUUAAUGUAAAACAAUAAAAAUAAAAGUGCAUCUGAACGUAACAUGCAUCAUAUAUAUAAAAGAAAAACAUAGCAUGCGCCCAACAUUUGCAAUCAGAAAGAAACAAGACAUCUGGGCUUUACCUCCACAGAAGGGGAACUUUUUUUAGAAAGAGCUUUCAUAAUGCAGGCACAUUGUCACUGUUGCCAUUUGUGCUUCAUUGGCCACAGACACCAAGCACACCAGGGUGGUACUCUUGAGUGAUAACAUAGAGAUAUUACUUUCCCAUUAUUUUACACAACUCUGCAUCAGACUUUUAAAACAAUACAGUGGAGAGCAUUCCUGGCACUGUGUGCAGAUAGUGAGUCAGGCACAGAGCCAGCAGCGCAGGCAAUUAUACGCCAGUACAUCACGCACUAAGUUGCACGAAAUCUUGUGAAAGUGAUAGUACCUCCGAAAGUGACUAACCGGGAAUACCACUAGAGAUCGUAGUCGAGUUCAAAAUUAAAUCACAGCAACCUUCGUGGAAAUAUAUUCUAGGCAUUACAAUGAAAAUGUGUUCGCCGCCAUCUUAUGAUGGCAAUGACGCUGCGUCUAACGGCUGUGUCCCAAUACUUGCCGCAGAUUGGAAACUAGGUGGUUAAGUGCACAGUGGCCAUCUUAAGUCUUGUUCUAAUUCUGACGAAUAUCAAGAAAGACAGCUUCACAAAGAUAGCAUCGAAGUCUAUAAUUAUGCAGGCUACUUUUCUGUUCAAACAAGCUGGUGGCAAAGCAGGACUCUUGAAAAUACUACGGGAAGGUUGUCUGCACAUGUCUGCACACAAGAAAAUGUAGUCCCACUUUCUUAUGUCCUUAAUGUAAGUCACAUCGUGUUUUUCAUAGGACUGCACAUGCAACGAGUUAAAAUACAGAAAUAAUGUGUGCUUUUCUCAAUUUUUUCUUGUCACUUCGAGGUGGCAUCACAUUGCAGAGGCGUGUUCCAUGCUUCUUCCAGACGGUUUGAGACAUUUCCCAUUACUUGAGCUUGAAGCUGUCUCCGGCUGUCUCCUUAGCUGUCUACAUAAACUGUCUCCUGUGCAAGCCAGAAUUGGAACACAGCCUCUGACAGAAGAGUGUUGCCAAUGCCGUGAACAUAGUUUGGGUUUCAUAGCUGAUUGUAACACACUAGUGAUUUUCGGAACCAUUUUCUCUGAAAAAAGGUGCAUGUUAAAUUCGUGUAAGUAUGGCAACACUUAAAUAAGACUGCAACAGCCAUGCCUCACACAAAAAGCAUAAUUUUGCAUAUAUAACUGCAUCAAAAUUUAGAGAAAUGCAAGUCAAAACAGGGAGCAUGCGUUACAUGCAAAGUUAUUGGUUUUGAAUGCGACCCUGUGGAAAUGAAAAGCACACUGCUGUGAAGCCACAUCUCAAGACAAAAUUUACACAUGAAUGUGUGCAUCACUGCCGUGAAGGUGCAGUGGAAACAGUAAAGGCAAAAUUAACAAGGUUGUUCAUGGAGCUUCACUUUGAGCUGAAUGGCGCCAGGUUGUUAAAGUAAAUGUCAAUGCCCCACAAGCUACCUUGUGUGGGUUUAUGAAUGAAAUUGCUUUUCAUUUUUCCAGGGUUAUAAUUGAAGUACAGGUUAUAUGCUGACGUAAGCUAUACAAGCAAAAAUACAGCACUUGUUGCUAAAAGAAUACAGUAAAAUCUCCUUAAUAUGUACUUGUGUAAAAUGCACAAAUGCUUCAAACAUAGGUAAAAUUAAUUACAAACUCUGACUCCAUAGGGUGUAAUACAUUGGGUGACUGUUUAAGCUGUAGUGGCUCAUUGUACGCAUAUCGGCUAGUGUAUAUCAUGAUCCCAUUUUCGCCUGUAGAAGCUAACUGUGCUGCCGCGACUCCCUGUGCGGCUUACGCCAUGCUGUGCUGCGACACUUUUUUUGGCCACUUUUUUUGAAAGUGUGCAGAUUAGUCUUUCGCUGGUUGCAGCUUUGGUGUGGAUGCAAUGACACCUUUAUAGAUAAGCAUCAAAAAUGCACUGAAGGUGUGGUGGCAGCUUCAGCAAAGAACAUGGUUACCAAGGGGCACGCCUGUGUAACCUACUGCCGCUAACCCUAUUAUGAUAAGCAUAUUCACUUAUCUGCUUGGCAGUGCGUGUUGCAUUGUGUGAAGUUGUAUUGGAAGCAUACUGUGUGCUUCCGACUGCCCAUAUGUGCUGAAGAACUUUGUAGCCCGCAGAACGCAAUCGCCAUGUUCGCUCACCAAGUUAUGCACCACAAUCUGAGCACCAACAGAAGUUCGCACACAUUAAUGCGAGUGUCCGUCUCUACAUGCAUAGAGACAAAAGCUCGCACGAAUGCACACAACAUUAGCCUCGGCACAAGGACAGCAUGCACUUAGACGGCAACGCACUGCACACAAAUUGCAUGGGAUUAUCUGCACCAUGCAGCAGCUGGUACCGUAUUUCAAAGUAGUGCCAAGUUAUGGGGUUUUACAUGCCAAAACCACCAUCUGAUUAUGAGGAGGCCAUAGUGGGAGACUCCGGAAAUUUUGACCACGUGGGGUUCUUUAACGUGCGCCUAAACCUAUGUACACAUAGUAGUGUCACUGGUUCUCAAUCAUUGCACAGGCAUGUAAUACACACACACAUCAUACCUUGUCUGCUCUCCCACAGAGCUCCCCUACUCGUUCCUAAACUGCUGUUCUGUAUUGCCUGUGUUCUUUCGGAUGAUCAUGCAAAGGAGCCAGCAUUGUUUUUCACCACGCUGAGAAAAAAAAAGGACAUCCUCUAAGUGAGUAUUUUAAUUAACAAUCAUUGUAGCAUCUCAUUUCUUUAUUGGUGGCAGCACACAAAAAUACAAUUUGUAGCUACUGGUAGGUGUGUACUGUACUGCCAUGAAGUGCGUAGUUAUGCCACAUUUUUGUCAGGUAUGAA